UGCGUAUUGCCUAUUCCGGCACGGGAUACAUAUUUGAUCGUAUAUAUAAAAAAGAAAACCCUAAAGGAGGGUCUUGCAGUAUUUUGUCAUAGGGGUUCAUCUGUAAGGUGAUUUUUUACGCAGGGUUUAGGAUUUCGACGGAAUUCGGAUAACUAAUGGCGAGGAUCAAGGUUCAUGAGUUGCGCACAAAGAGCAAGUUAGAUCUGCAAAAUCAGCUGAAGGAGCUCAAGGCUGAGUUGGCACUGCUCAGGGUAGCUAAAGUAACAGGCGGAGCCCCCAACAAGCUCUCAAAGAUCAAAGUGGUAAGGAAAUCGAUAGCGCAGGUUUUGACUGUUAUUUCCCAGACUCAGAAAUCUGCGUUGAGAGAAGCAUUCAAGAAGAAGAAGUACAUGCCACUUGACCUCCGCCCAAAGAAGACUCGUGCCAUUAGACGACGUCUCACCAAACACCAGGCUUCAUUGAAGACAGAGAGAGAGAAGAAAAAGGACAAGUAUUUCCCUAUGAGAAAGUAUGCAAUUAAAGUCUAGAGAUAAGGACUAUUUAGGUCGUCAACUGUAGAAUUGCCAAUUGCAUGCCCAUGUUUUUUUUUGAUGAAGUGAGUUUUCAUUGUUGAACAGCGGUUUUCAUAAAUUGGUAAUAUGAUUUAAUGUUCUUGUAAUACCAUGUUCAUCAUUGAUGAAAAAAUACUUAUUUUCA